AUGUCCUUCAACUGCUCCACAAGAAAUUGCUCUUCCAGGCCAGUGGGUGGACGCUGCACUGUCCCAGUGGCUCCAGUUGCCACAGCUGCAACCACCGAAGCUGACUGCCUGAGUGGCAUCUAUUUGCCCAGUUCCUUCCAGACUGGCUCUUGGCUCCUGAACCACUGCCAGGAGUCUUGCGAGCCCACUGUUUGCCAGCCAACCUGCUACCAGCGAACCUCUUGCGUCUCCAACCCAUGCCAGGUGACUUGCUCUCGACAAACCACCUGUGUCUCCAAUCCCUGCUCAACUGCCUACAGCCGGCCGCUCAACUUUGUCACCAGUGGCUGUCGGCCCCUUGCAGGCGUCUCUACUGUGUGCCAACCAGUGGGAGGAGUCUCUACUGUGUGCCAACCAGUAGGAGGAGUCUCCACUGUGUGCCAACCAGUGGGAGGAGUCACUACUGUCUGCCAACCUGCCUGUGGGGUCUCCAGGAUACAGUCCUGUGUGUCUAGCUGCCGAAGAACCUGCUAA